AUGGCAAAUUCCAAAUAUGAAUAUGUCAAGUCAUUCGAGCAACCGGACGUUCUACUUCCCAAUACAUGGAUUGUGGUCCGGAUCGAUGGCAGAGGCUUCCACAAACUCUCUGAUUAUUAUGGCUUCAUAAAGCCCAACGACCGUCGGGCCCUAGACCUAAUGAAUGCCGCAGCCGUCGGCGUCAUGAAAGACCUUCCUGAUCUUUGCAUCGCCUACGGUAUUAGCGAUGAGUACAGUUUCGCUUUUCAUCCCAACUGCCAAUUAUUUGAGCGGCGGAGUGCCAAACUAGUAACGACAAUUGUGUCAACUUUCACGGCGCAUUACAUCUAUCUAUGGGGGACGUAUUUCCCAGAUACGCCGCUGCAGCCAGCAGCUCUGCCUUCGUUCGAUGGAAGAGCAGUGAUGUAUCCGAAUUCCAGAAUUUUCAGGGAUUAUAUGAGCUGGCGGCAGGUGGAUUGUCAUAUCAAUAACCUUUACAAUACGACUUUCUGGUCCAUGGUCCUGCAAGGUGGGAUGGAUAGAAGAGAAGCUGAACUUGAAUUGAAGGGCACCCUGUCUUCCGACAAGAAUGAGAUCCUCUUCAAGAGGUUCGGCAUCAAUUAUAACAAUGAAGAAGAGAUCUAUAAGAAGGGCAGCGUCUUAUAUCGCCAGUAUCAACUAGAGGGAAAAUCAGACUCCAUCGUGCAGGAAGAAACAUCACCAUUGCAGGAGGACACGCCCUCCAAGACACAGCAAGAAAAGAUCCGCAAACUGCGUCGCAAAGUGCAGGUCGUAGUCGACCAUGUCGACAUCAUCAAGGACGAAUUCUGGGAGAGACGGCCAUGGAUUCUUUCCGGCAAGCCCGGAAAGCUGCCUACAGAAGCCAAGGAAGUAGCAUGA